GGCACUGAUGAUUUAAACGUAAAUGAAGUUGUUAUGAACCAUGUGAACAUUAAGUUAAAUGAGUUAAAUUAAUAAAGCAGAGACAGUUGACCGAAAAAGCUGAAAUGGAAAGUUUGGUACAGGGUCGUAUAUCUGACUGUCUUACAAAGGCCGGUGAUUGUUAUUUGAAAGGAAUGUACGAUAAAUGUAUACAAACGUUGCAACUGUUAUAUGAGGAGGCUAAAGCAACUCACUCUUUAUUAGAAGUAUGCAGUCUGGAUAAAUGUGUAUUCUGUUGCUUAAUAGAGAACAAUAUUUUAGUGUCGAAAGGUUUGCAGGCAUUGAAGUGGAGACUUCAUGAUGCAUACAGUGCAUGGAAUGAUCUUAUGCAGAGCUUCUCAGAUCUUCAUCAACAAGUGAAAAGCCUUCAGAUGGUUUACAGAAUCCCAGUAAAAUGCUAUUUGAAUAUUGUAUAUAAUGCCCUUUAUUGGGGCUGGUGUCACCCAAACGGUCUGCAGUGCGAUGAAAGUCACAUUGAAACAUACAUGCAGAUAGCAGUCAGCUGUUUUAAAAGAGUUUUAGAAGUCUCCCAUGAUGCCUGCCCAAGUUCAAGUUUUUGUAACAUACAAGAUGUAGUUUUGUAUCUAAUGAAGAGAGUUUCAAAUAAUCUUCUUGUAGUUAGUGGAGAAGAAAGCCAACAGUUGGUUGAAAUCUGUAUAAUUGUUAUAUACAUGUUAAUUGAACUGAAAGCGAAAAAAGAAAUAAUUACUGAGUGUAUGAACAUAAGUAUUCAUAUUCUGAAUAUGAGUAGUGAGUUGGUAUCACGUGUGUUCUUGGCUGCUAAAAGUAAGAAAAAGGAUGCAGUGAGCAGCUUCAAAUUUGGACUUCAUGAGGUGAAUAGUGCAAUGGGAAAAUGUGAUAUUGAAACUGUGCUGGAAGUAUUGAAGACUGCGUGUUGCAUGUGUUUCAUUAGGACAGAGCAGUAUGCUAAAUGUGUUACGUGUCUGGACGGCCACGAAGAUGAUGACAUAAAGUUCCAAUUCAUUCACUAUUAUAUGAAAGCUUAUGCCUGCUACCACAGUAAUGAUGCAGAAGCAUGUUUGCUCAGUCUGCUUAAACUGGAGUCUGUGCCUCUCAGCACUCAGAUGAAAGUCAGAGGUCAUCUUCUGCAUGGUUCUCUUCUUGCAAAACAAGGAAGGCAUUCUGAAGCUCUGCAAGAGUUCUUCAAGUCACUGUCAAUAGGUCUUCAAAAUACACAAGAGAAGAAGGAUUUCUAUCCUGUAACACUUUACCACAUAGCUGAAGAGUAUGGGGCAUUGCAUUGCAUGUGCAAAGCUCAUUCUCCAUCUGAUGCAGAAACAGUCCAAAAUCAUGGAAAGAGCAGUUCUCGGCAGACUGAGUUGUUGCAGGCUCUGUUGCUUUCUGAUCACUUAGACACGCUCCAGCACCUUGUCCAAGUGCUCAAAGACAAUGAUGAUGAUGAAGAGUUUGCUGUGCACACCAAUUUUACAUUCAGUAUUCAAUUGAAGAUUUUAAAAAAUUUGCAUCCACAACCAGAAAUUAACCUGCCUGUAGCUCUGUUCAAACUGGCAACAACGCUUGCUGCAAAUGGGAACUACAGCUCAGCAGGGAAAAUGUUAACGGAGCUACUAACACAGCCAGAUUUACAGUCUCUUCCUUCCCUUGUAGCACAACUACCUCAUGUCAGUGUUAUAUACCACAGUGCUGCAGUAUUACUGCUGAGGAGUAAUGAACUGGAUCAGGCACAACAUUUAUGCAGACAGGCUAUCAGCUAUCACUCUAGCAAGAGUUACAGUUCCACAGAUAUGGAAUAUUGUCUUCUGUGCUUGGAAGAUGAUCUGAUAGCUCUUAUGCUACUAGCCCAGGUGCAUAAGCAUAAAGGAGAUGAAAUUGAAGAAUCAGAAAUCUUGGACAGGUGCCUCAGACUUGUUAAUAAUUACAUUAGAAAUGAAGGUUCAGUAAAAUACACUGCUGUACAAGAAGAAGCUGAAGGUGUUAUCUGUGAAACUAAUAUUAUACAUCUACUAAGUGCUUUGGCAGCAAAGUUACAUCUUCAGAAGGCACAAAAUUAUCUACGAAGAGGCCGUGCCUUUCAGAAUGAUUCUUUCUUUGAACUGAAGCAAGCCUUACUCUGCAAUUCAGGGGAUCAGGAUGUGGCUUCCUCUUAUAAACGCUUUCUCCAUGAAAACCAUCAGUACCCUGGGCAUGACAAAUCAAUGCCACAGAAUCAGUCUUUUGAGCUUCACAUUGAAAACUGCAGUAGUCUUGCACUGAAGCAUUUACUGCAGUCACAAACUUCAGAGGAAAGUUAUGUGGACUUCUUCCUGGAGUCUUAACUAAUAAUGUUGUUACAAUACAUUGUAUCAUGUGAUAUGCAAUGGUUUAUAUAUAAACUGAUGUAUUCACACAAGGGCUACUGAGAUUGUCAAUACAAAAUACACCUUAUUCUACAUUGA